AAAGCUAGGACUGUGUAGCGUGCCAUCUUGCUCAGAACACAGACGGAAGUUCAGGCAGAGAAUGAAACUGUCAUGUUCGCACUUUAUUUCCGCCAUCAUUUACGAAAAGAACAUUCCGGUGUGAAGUCAACGCUUCCUAAAUCAGUAAACACAGUAAACACAACGCUGCCAGCUGCUGCCUCUGAUGAAGCUCGUGCACUCUUUGGAUCCACGUAAGAAAGAAACCAGCAGCAGGUUUUCCCGAUAACGUUACCUGUUCAGAAAGCAGCUUUGUCUCAUUGCGGAAGAAGUUUCACGCGUAGGCGUAUUUUGUUUCAAGCUGUUUGGAUUUACCGUAAAGCUACGGACAAGUUUAAGCUGCAACUGACACGGUUGAAGUUUGCUUUUGACGGGAAACUUGUACCGGGAGACGCCGUCACCGACAGCUGUCAGAAAGCUGAAUAACCGAUUAGAUCAAAGCAGCAGUCUGGCAUGUCAGGGAUGACGGCCAGUACAACAAACUACCUGUGGUCUUUACAAGAUGUCCUCGGCCAAGGGGCUACUGCCAGUGUCUACAAGGCACGCAACAAGAGGUCGGGUGAGCUGGUAGCCGUCAAGGUGUUUAACAUGGUGAGCUACAACCGCCCCCAUGAGGUCCAGAUGAGAGAGUUUGAGAUGCUGAGGAAGCUCAAUCACAGCAAUAUCGUCCGGCUAUUCGCUGUGGAAGAGCUGCCCUCUAAACAUAAGGUGCUGGUGAUGGAGUAUUGUUCAGGAGGAAGUUUGCUCAGCCUGCUCGAAGAGUCAGAAAAUGCCUUUGGCCUGCCUGAAACAGAGUUCCUCACAGUUUUGCAGUGUGUAGUGCAGGGGAUGAACCACCUGCGUGAAAAAGCAGUGGUACACCGGGACAUUAAGCCAGGCAACAUCAUGCGGCAGGUCGGAGAGGACGGCAAGUCUGUUUACAAGCUGACUGACUUUGGAGCAGCAAGAGAUCUGGAAGAUGAUGAGACGUUUAUGUCUAUCUACGGAACUGAAGAGUAUCUGCACCCAGAUAUGUAUGAACGUGCUGUGCUGCGUAAGCCUCAACAGAAAUCCUAUGGCGUGAGCGUAGACCUGUGGAGUAUUGGUGUGACAUUUUACCAUGCUGCCACUGGGAGUCUCCCUUUCACACCGUUCGGAGGACCCCGCAGGAACAAGCAAACCAUGUUCAAAAUUACAACAGAGAAGCCUAUGGGGGCAAUAGCUGGAAUACAGCGGUUAAAAGACGGGCCUAUAGAGUGGAGCUACCACCUCCCUCACAACUGCCAACUCUCACAGGGUCUGACAGCACAGCUGGUUCCAGUACUAGCCGGUAUCCUGGAGGCUGACCAGGAGCGGUGUUGGGGUUUUGACCAGUUCUUCAAAGCCACCUCAGACACACUGCUGCGGCAGCCAGUUCACCUCUUCUCUCUGCAACAGGCAAUGGCGCAUUGCAUCUACAUACAACACUACAACACGGUGUCGGUAUUCUUUGAGGAGGUGGCGUCUCAGACUGGUAUAGGAGUUCAGAUGCAACAUCUGCUGUACCUGGGUCACGAACUCCCUCUGGAGGGCAGCAUGAAGGUGGUCAACCUCCCACGUACUUCACCUGCCCGGCCCCUCAUUCUGCUGAGCUACGAGCCUGAAGUAAACUCCAGCCUGCCCUUCAGGGAACCAGAGACUCCAAUCAUCCCAUCCAGGUUUGACGUUGUUGCAGACUACAACUUCUCCAAGGUAAUAGUGGGAGUGGUCCACCAGUAUGUGAGGAUGGUACAGUUGCUGCACACACACCAAGAGCUGCUUCUGCAAGGAUACUACAGCUACAUGAUGAGGCUGCGCAGGGAGUGUGACGAAGCAAUGCACAGUAUCGCGAUGAUCACCGUUAGACUGCAGUCUUGCCUCAACGUAGAACACAGAACACACACAUUAGAUCAGUAUGAUUCUGAAAACCAGGGUUCAGCUGAUGGCAGGCAAAAGCUGCAUCUGGUCAGAGAGCACUUGCCUAUAUACGCUUCCGGAAUCCAAGAGUUUCAGAACCGCCUGGACCAUCUGCACAUCGAACAGGCCAAGCUAGCAGAGACGCUGGCCAAUGACAAGAGCUGUCAGAAGAUGGAGAUGCUGCUGCAGAAGAUAACUGCAAUUCAUCAGCAUUAUCGAAAAGACCGACUAACUGGCAACUUGUUAUACAACGACGAGCAAAUCCACAAGUUUGAGAAAAUCCACCUGUUCGCCCACAUUAAGCGAGUGAAAUCUCUCCAUAGAGAGGACUGCGUGCAGAGAUACAAAGAGCUUUUGGCCUCAACAAGGACGUGGAGCAGUGUUUUACUGGAGAUGCAGACCCGACUGCAGGGCUUCAACUCUUUCUCCACAGGCUUGUUGGCAGACCUGGAGAUGAGUGAGCAGCACCAAAAUAAGGCUCUGGACAGAAUCAUUUCCACGCUGCAGUCCAAGCAAACUGGACAACAGCCUGGAACUGAACCCAAGGACAAGGACCAGAUGGUCUCUAGGAUGCACCAUCUGAAGGAGGAAAUGGAUAUUUUGUCUGGGGGCAGUGAACCCUACAGCCGCUCUGGAGCCGAGCUUGGCCCGACCUUCUACACUGUGACCAAAGUGCCGCAUCUUUGCAUCUCAACUCGCACAAACACACACGCACUCUCUCUCUGACAAGCAUCUCAUUUUAUCAUCCACUCAUAAACAGCUAUGGACAAUGUACCGGAUCUUCUUUCAAGGACCGGCGGCAGCCCCGUGCUGUGAGAAGAGGAAGCAGGCGAAGACAAUCGAUAAAAUGUGAAUCUCAAUUUAGAGAUAAGAUGCACAGAAUGCAGGAGGAGGAAAUGCCACUGAUGGAUUUUAAGUGUGUGUGUGUGUGUGUGUGUGUGUGUGUGUGUGUGUGUGUGUGUGUGUGUGUGUGUGUGUGUGUGUGUGUGUGUGUAUAACAGUUCAAUACAAACCUCAUUAAUGCCUUUAGUGUUAUCGUAUUUCUAAUAGGCUGCCACAGUGAUGGACCGCCAGGAUAAAGCAAAAAUGAAUGCACAGACAGCUGCUAGACUACUUUUGUAAGGCCGAGUUCCUCCUUUGUCCCACAGAAGAAGCACUGCGGAAUCUGGAGAACCUUAAGUGCUUAAUUUAACCAGACUGACGCGAUAUAUCUCUGUAUGCGUGUGUCUGUGUGUGUUUUUGAGGGCUUGAGAUGUCUGCUGUCCUUUUCCUCACGGUUGAUCUUUUCAAAUGGUUCCAUGUGACUUAAUUUCUUCUUUUACUUCAAUCAUAUUAUUGUGAAUGAAUAAUGAUAGAUUACAUCACUGAUGGCCAGCGUCUCCAAGCACUCAGCACUGUUGUUUUGAAGUGACAUUUGUCUCUGUUCCUUUUUGAUGUUUGACUUGAAUGAUAAGUUAUUUCCUUGUAUUUUAUCGAAGCUUUUACUGUUAAAGAAAAAGAAAAAAAAAAUCAGGGAAAUUUGACACUCACCACAGUGUCUCCUUUUUAACAGAAGUACACAGUCCAGUGACAGUACAGCAAAUUAACAGUGUGAAAUGACAUUAGCUAGUGUGGGUCACACAGUGGGGAAAUCCCAGGGAUUGUUAUUUGUUUAUAAAAGGGUCACAGGUGAUGCAUGAUGUAAGAGAAAAUUUAAAAAUAUACUAUACUUAUAAACUUUUUUUGUUAUAUUUUUAA